AUGCGUGAAAAACGAUUCACACAUGUUGUACUGUUGGAGCUUGUAUCCGUCACUGCAAAAACAUUGCCAUGUAUCUUAACCGUCAGACCACAGUUUAUAAUCAUAUUGACUGUUUUCAUAUUCACACAAAUAGAAUGUUUAAAAUUCGUGAACAGUCAUAGACAAGGUGGGAGGUUUGGGGCUGAAGAUGUGUCUAUUCAAGAAGAAUUUAAUUUAUCGUUUUACGAUGGAGCAAAUAAGCCGGUCGAUUCAGACGAAAUCAAUGGAAAAAACCACACUUCUCUGAAGAUUCAAUUCAUCAAUAAUAACAACACGCAGUUUCAAGUGUUUCUGCGUUUGAGCAGGAAAAUAUUGGCGAGCAACUUUGCCGUCUACAUUGUUGGUGAACAUCACAAGCGCAAGAAUGUUCAUAAACUGAAAUUAGAUUGCCACUACCAAGGACACGUGGAUGGCAAUCAAUCACAAGUGGCUGUCCUCUCACUGUGCUCCAGUGUCAACGGUUUUUAUCAAAAAGGCAAUGAGGUUUUUGAAGUGAUUUCCAAACAAAAAGGAUCGUUGGAUGCGGUUGUCGUGAAGAAAGUUGACGUUCCAAGAUCAUCAUUUUGUGGAGUUCGUAACACUUUGAUGGCAAGUAGACAAAACUUGAAAAAUGUAAAGAAGCUGGUCACAAUUGAAAGAAAUGUUACAGCCACACUUGACAGAGAAAUCAGAAUUGUCAAGAUAUUUGUUGCUAUCGACCAUGAAGUUUACUCGUUUUUCCAAUCUGAUGCGAACUUCACGACAAAUUAUCUACUGAAUGCGUUCACUUCUGCAAGUUUGUACUAUCAAGAACAAGACAUUUUGAUAACUAUUGCAGCUCUAGAAAUUUGGGGUGUUCCAAACAUAGUAUUGAAACCAACAGCUACUCAGCAUGAUUUAUUGGAUUUAUUUGAGCGGUAUAACGAAAGAGAAAUAAUAUCCAAUUUUAUCGGAAUAGACACUUCAAUGCUUGUUACGUUAGUGCCUAUUGACUCAAUUCACGUAUUUUUAAAAUAA